AUGGAUCGUUCCGUGGGGGUGGCUGAACUGAUUGGCGAAAUGUCUGAGGUGGUCAGUGCUCAUGACCAGUACAUGUCGGAACAGUUACAGCGUAAUGGUGUGGAGAUUGUGCAUGGCCGUGCAACGUUUCAGGACGCUAACAGUGUCUCUGUGUUGACAACCACCGGCCAGCAGAUGUUGUUGCAGGCCAAGAAUUUUGUUAUCUGCACCGGCUCGAAACCUCGGCAUCCUGACCACGUGGCCAUAGAUCAUGAACAUGUUUACGACAGCGAUUCGAUUCUGACGCUGGCUUACCUGCCACAGACCAUGGUGGUGCUUGGUGGUGGCGUAAUCGCAUGUGAAUAUGCAUCUAUCUUUGCCAUGUUGGGGGUGCGGGUCACGUUAAUAGAUCGAUAUGCAAAACCGCUGGGGUUCCUGGACCAUGAUUUAACCGAUGCCUUUGUGGCUGCCUUCGAGUUACGAGGUGGUGAUUUUCUUGGCGAAGUAGAUGUUGUCAGCUGUGCAUUCGAUGGUGUUUCGCAAGUGGCAACAACCCUUGCAGAUGGCACCGUAAUCAAGUCUGACAAAGUACUGUGUGCCCAGGGGCGAGUUGCUGAUCUGCAGAAUCUCAAUAUUGAACGUGCGGGUUUAGCCAUCAACGAUCGCCAAUUGUUGAGUGUGGAUGAGCACGGGCGUACCUCGCAGUCCCAUAUUUAUGCAGCUGGAGAUGUUGUCGGGCCGCCUUCCCUGGCAUCUUCGUCGAUGGAGCAGGGGCGGCGCGCGGCUUGUCAUAUGCUGGGCAAAGAGCUGGGUGUCAUAGGUGACCUGUUACCUUCCGGGAUCUACUCGAUACCUGAGUUAUCCAGUGUGGGUCUGACUGAGAAACAAGCGCGCGAACAGUAUGAUGGUGUGGUUGUCGGUCUGGCUGAUUUCCGUGAAAUCGCGCGUGGACAUAUUGCCAACGCUCAGGACGGGUUGCUCAAGCUUGUUGUCAGCGCAGAUGGUGUGAUACGCGGUGUGCACGUGAUUGGUACCCACGCUACAGACCUGGUACAUAUCGGUCAGAUGGGGUUGUUGCAGGGUGCUGACGUCAACACCUUUAUCGACAACAUUUUCAAUUUCCCGACUUACGCUGAAAGUUAUCGGGUUGCCGCCAUUCACGCAGCGGCAAAACUGGCCGCACGAGGUGGAGCGCAGGUCAACGCGUUUACUGUUGCUUGCAGACAUGGAGCUGAAGGUAAUACCUAUUUCAAAACCUUCUUCGAUCGCGCAGCAACGGGUCACGCUGCCGCAUUCCAGAAAGCUCAGUCCGUCAUCCAGGACGAUGUGCACCGCAACAAACUGAUCAACAUCAAGCGCAUGUGGGGCAGUCAGCUGCAUGCCAUCAUGGGAUAA